AUUACAACACUACAAAUCUAUUACAUUUAUUGAGCAUAUUAUAGUAAAAUGGAGAUCGUCUACGUGUACACGAAGAAGCGAGAGGAGUUUGGGAGGCAGUGCAACUUUACAGACCGUACAGCAGAGAGCCUGGUGGAUAUUCCUGUAGAUGAGACUCUGAAGGAGAGCUUCAUUGAGAGGAACCCCUGUGAGAGUGCUAUUCAAUGUGCGCCCGAGAUGUCUGAACAUGAGGUAAACACAGAGCGGUUCGAGACACAAAGUAGAGGUAUAAACCACGUGGAGGGAGGGUGGCCUAAAGACAUCAACCCUGCGGAGGUGGAACAGACCAUGAGGUUCAGGAAGAAGGUUGAGAAGGAUGAGGUUUAUAUCCAGGCUAUCCAGCAACUCGGCAGUGUAAUGGAGCACACGAUCAAGCAGAAUAAUGCAGUUGACAUUUACGAGGAGUACUUUGACGACAUGGCAGAGGAUGGUUGUGUCGAACCUCCCAGUGCUAAAACCAUCAACGUAUUCAGAGAUCCAAAUGAGCACAAGAGGUCAGCAGCCAAUAUCUCCUGGUACCCAGACAACGCCCAGAAGCUGGCAGUAGCUUACUCCGUCCUGGAAUUCCAACGAUCUCCCCCUGGAAUGUGCAUGGACUCUUACAUUUGGGAUGUUGAGUCUCCCAACAAACCAGACAUGACACUGAAGCCCAUCUCUCCACUUGUAUGUAUCGAGUAUAAUCCUAAAGAUCCUCACUGUUUGGUCGGUGGACAAUAUAACGGACAACUCGCGUUUUGGGACACAAGGAAAGGAUCCCAGCCCAUCGAAGUGUCAGCGAUAUCUAACAGUCACUCUGAUCCACUGUACAAGUGUAUCUUCCUUACUUCUAAAACCGGAACGGAAUGCUUCACCACGUCAACUGACGGACAAGUACUUUGGUGGGACAUCAGAAAGAUGGCAGAACCUACAGAGACCCUGAUAUUAGACCUUGCUAAGGGCGAUAAACCUACCCUCGGUGGUAUCUCUUUGGAGUAUGAAUCUACAAUGCCCACGAAGUUCAUGGUCGGCACAGAGCAAGGUGUCGUGCUCAGCUGCAACAGGAAGGCAAAAACCCCUGCCGACAGAAUCGUUGCCAAUUUCAGUGGUCACUAUGGUCCAGUAUACGCAUUGCAAAGAAACCCCUUCUUUCCCAAAAACUUCCUCACUGUUGGUGAUUGGACCGCCAGGAUUUGGUCUGAGGAUCUUAGGGAAUCUUCAAUUAUGUGGACCAAGUUCCACAGAUCCUAUCUGACAGACGGUUGCUGGUCCCCUGCUCGACCUGCUGUCUUUUUCACAUCGCGUAUGGACGGGUGCUUAGACGUUUGGGAUUACAUGUUCAAACAGAACGAUCCAACUCUUAGUCUCCAGGUGUGUGACGAAGCUUUGAAUUGCUUACGUAUACAAGACAGUGGUAGUCUUCUAGCCUGUGGUUCUCACUCAGGAAACGUCACUCUUCUUGAACUCAGCGAAUCCCUGUCACAACAACAGAGGAACGAGAAAGCUUCAGUAACACAAAUCUUCGAACGAGAAACAAAACGUGAGAAGAUUCUAGAGAGCAGAUAUAGGGAAUUGAAACUUAAGGAGAGGGCAAAGUCUCAACAGGAGGAACGGCCAGCUGAAGAUGACGGCGAGGAUGCCUCUGAGUUGGUCGAUGAAGCAGACAAGAACUUCUGGUUUACUGUCGAGCAAGAGAAAAUAGGAAUUGAGAAGAAAGAGAAAGCAGCAGAGCAAUGAAGGACUUAGUUGAAAUCGUUUUUAUCCGCCCUGUCUGUGCGGAGUUUUUACUUAGUUUGGUGACUCACUAUAAGUUUAAUAACUGCAGGACUGGCAAAAGAAUCGCUGGAAUAUUUUGAAAGUGUAAAGUCAGAUGAUGAAGUAUGUGGUUGUUUUUUUUUCGAACAAUCUCGGUUCAAACCAAAUUCAGAAACCUGAGGUGUAUAUUCUUUUCGAUGCGGCUUAUUACAUUUUUAAAGCAUCCCUCUUUUGCUGGAAUUUGAGUUUACAAUAAUGGGGAAAGUCUUUCGGAACUAAAUCCGCAGUUGUCCGAUUGUGAAUAUUGUAAAUGGUGCUCAAGAUGAAAUCACUGUGUACAUUUAAUCCUGGAACUUCUAAUGUACAAAAAUGUAUGUAAUUUAUUUUACUGUUUGCCUCAAAGACAAGAAAGAGAUGUCUGAGGUACAUUUGUUACAA